CCUCGGUGGCUCGGUUCGGAUCCUCCGGCCUCUGAUCCGGAUCCUGUGAUCUUUUAAACCCUGCGGAUCUCUUCCCUCAUGGUCCGGUCCUGAUCCUGAACGUUUCUUCAGACCUGAUCCUCGGAGGAGAAGAGGCCACAGCUCCUGGAACCCGCGCGUCCGGGCCUUGGCCAUGGGGGGAUCCAAGAGUAAGCCCAAGUCUUCCGGCCUGCGGCCCCACAGCCUGGAUGGAAACCUCAACUGUGGAGGGGGGGCUGGAGGCCACCACUCCAACCAGCCGUCCCUGGCUCCCAGCCGCGGCUCCGCCAUGGACGGAGGUCUCAGCGGCAAUCCGUCCAUGGUCAACCCUGCAGAGCUGGCCCUGUUCGGGGGGGUGGACAAUAACAGCAGCACGGCUCCGAACAGAAUCACACUCGCAGGGGGCGUGACGACCUUCGUGGCGUUGUACGACUACGAGUCUCGGACGGCCUCAGAUCUGUCGUUCAAGAAGGGCGAGCGACUGCAGAUCGUCAACAACACGGAAGGCGACUGGUGGCUGGCGCGCUCCCUGACCACCGGAGAGAGCGGUUACAUCCCCAGCAAUUACGUGGCUCCGUCCGACUCCAUCCAGGCAGAAGAGUGGUACUUUGGCAAAAUCACCCGCCGCGACUCGGAGCGUCUGCUGCUGAGUCUGGAGAACCGGAGAGGAACCUUCCUGGUGAGAGAGAGCGAGACCACCAAAGGCGCCUUCUGUCUGUCAGUGCUGGACUACGAUAACACCAAAGGCCUGAACGUGAAGCACUACAAGAUCCGGAAGCUGGACAGCGGCGGCUACUACAUCACGUCCCGCACGCAGUUCAGCAACCUGCAGCAGCUCGUCAACCACUACCGCAGUGAGUCCGGGACACGUGCUCAUGUUGUCGUCUGUUUCUUGGACACUUCUUUUGUUUUAACCUCCCACCCGGUCGUCUUCUCGCGUCCCCCAGAGCACGCCGACGGGCUGUGUCACAGUCUGUCAGACAUCUGUCCCGUGCUGAAGCCUCAGACUCAGGGACUGGCCAAGGACGCCUGGGAGAUCCCCCGGGACUCGCUGCGUCUGGACCUGAAGCUCGGGCAGGGCUGCUUCGGAGAGGUGUGGAUGGGGACGUGGAACGGCACGACGCGCGUGGCCAUCAAGACCCUGAAGACCGGCACCAUGUCCACGGAGGCGUUCCUGGAGGAGGCGCAGGUCAUGAAGAAGCUGAGGCACGAGAAGCUGGUGCAGCUCUACGCCGUGGUGUCGGAGGAGCCCAUCUACAUCGUCACCGAGUACAUGGUGCAAGGCAGCUUGCUGGAUUUCCUGAAGGGCGACAUGGGUAAGAUGCUCCGCCUCCCGCAGCUGGUGGACAUGGCCUCACAGAUCGCUUCGGGAAUGGCCUACGUGGAGAGGAUGAACUACGUGCACAGAGACCUGCGAGCUGCCAACAUCCUGGUGGGAGAUAACCUGGUUUGUAAAGUGGCCGACUUCGGUCUGGCUCGCCUCAUCGAAGACAAUGAGUACACCGCCAGGCAAGGCGCCAAGUUUCCCAUCAAGUGGACGGCCCCGGAGGCGGCUCUCUACGGCCGCUUCACCAUCAAAUCUGACGUGUGGUCGUUUGGCGUCCUGCUGACAGAGCUGGCCACCAAAGGCCGAGUGCCCUACCCAGGGAUGGUGAACCGGGAGGUGCUGGACCAGGUGGAGCGUGGCUACCGGAUGCCGUGCCCGGCCGAGUGCCCCGAGUCCAUGCACGAGCUGAUGCUGACCUGCUGGAGGAAGGAGGCGGAGGAGCGGCCCACCUUCGAGUACCUGCAGGGCUUCCUGGAGGAUUACUUCACCUCCACCGAGCCGCAGUACCAGCCGGGCGAGAACCUGUAGCCGGGCCCGGCACGGCUGCGUGCAUGUGUCGUGCAUGUGCAGAACCGAGGCAUGUGCAUCUGCUUUGGAGUGCAUGGACAAGUACUGUAUGUGUGAGAGAGUGUGUGUGUCUGUCUGUGUGUGUGUGUGUGUGUUUGUGUGUGUGCAGAAAGCCGACAGACGUCAGGGAACAAUCUAUUCAACAAUCAGCAUCGUUCACUUCCUGCACCGCCACACGUCACCUAAAGGAGGCGCUGUUUUCAAAGGAAGGGACUAAACUGUGGUAUUAUUAUUUAGA